AUGGUUCCUGAUGCAGACGCAGCAUGUGCUCGCGAGCAGCUUCAAUGUCGACCUCGCCGACGGCUGGACUACGGCUGGAAGAGCAGCCGCAGCCAAGCGAUCCGCGACUGUCGCCACCACGUGACGGCGUACGUCUUUGAGGUGACGCCGCGUGGGAUGUGGCGGCUCGUGGCCAAGGCGACGUCGCCCGGCUUUACGAUCGCCACAUACCGCAGCAGCAGUGCACCACGAGACGACGCGGUGCUGGUGCCGGCACCCGAGCACGAGACGUCGACGGCGCUCGUGUCGAGUCGCACGCAGCGCAUGGCCUACCACUUGGGUCUGCUUCUUUUGUACGUGGAUCAGGUCGAGACCGUCUCGGCCGCGUCGCAGCACAAGCUCGUGCAGUACCUGUCGCCGGUACCUUGCGCGAUGCACCAGCUGCUCCUGCCAUCCUGCAGCAACAACCAGACGACGGACCGCACGAGCCAUGUCCUUGUCGACUGGCUGGUCCACCUCUUGCACCCGCACAAUCGGAGGCAGUACGAGGCUGUGGUGCGCUCGCACCGCGACUGCAUUCUCCAGCGCACCGACCUCGCCCGCGCCUACAGCGACUGCGUGCAGCUGCUGCAUAGCGUGUCGGAGGCGUUCCUGGCCAAGCAGCACGAGACGUCGGUGGCGCAAAUCGCGCUCGAAGCUCUCGCGUCCCUCCCGAGUCUCUCGACCGAGAUGACGAGUCGGCUCUUGACCGAGAGCUUCUUUGUGUUUGGCUACCAAGCGUGCGUGGCCCAUUUCCGCGAAGUCGCGCUGAGCGCCGAGGCCGCGCAGAGCGUGUGGCCAGAGCACCGCGUUCUCGGCUCGAUGCGUGCGCGGUCGUGGCUCUGCGGGCACUGGGUGUGCGACGCACCGAGUGUCCACGUGGCGAGCCAGAACGGAUGGCAGCUCUCGGCAGCGACGCUCGUGCGCUGGGCCUCGAGUCUCUUUCACGUGCGCACGACGCUGCUUGGUCCACAGCUGCACGUGCAGUCGGUCUGGCGUGUGUAUGUGAGCCAGCCGACUUGCUUUGUGCUCGACGGUCGGCCGCACGUGCACCGAACGUGGCCCAACGGCGAGUCGACCAUGGCCGGCGCGACCCGAUAUCUCGAGGGCGACUACGUCGGUGGGCUUGGUCCCGACGCGAUCGACCUGCGCUGCUACACGCUCGAUGUCGUCAACCAGACGAGCUACUGCGCGACGCUGCGGGUGACGACAGAGGAAGAGACGAGACUGCUGUGUCGUGUGGAGAUCUACCAGCUGCGCGUCGCGGCGGCGGCGGACGUGGCCGCGUGGCCGGCCCAUCGACGCAUUGCGCUCUGGGACAACGAGACGCCAGCGCUCGUGUUCUCGGGCGACUGGGGCUAUGCACGAGCGGCCGAGACCAGUUGA